AUGUAUCCGCAUCAUCUUCAAAUGAUUAUUUCAAUUGCAUAUUCCACUGCCGUUCUAUGGGUAUGGUUUCCAGCAACUGUGGUUGGAGAGAUGUCGCAAGAAAAGCUGUUGGAUGCUAAUUCAUCAGUGGAACAAGCUGAACAUGCAGCCGAUUUGUUUCAUAUUGAUUUCAGUCAUACCGGUCAUCCUCUUGCUAUUCUUACAUCAAUACUUCUAAUUUCACUUAUGAAAAUAGUGCUCGCACGAUUUCAUCGGGUCCCACAUUCGGUAUUGCUACUGGGUUUCGGAAUCGCAACGGGUUUUUUCCUAUCGCUCAUAUUUGAAGAUGAGAUUUAUUUACGGCCUUCGUGGUUCUUCAUUUAUUUACUACCACUAAUAGUGCUUGAAGCUGGUUAUUUCCUUAAGAACAAACAAUUCUUUCGAAAUAUCGGAACAAUUUGCACGUAUGCUGUAAUCGGAACUCUAUUCAAUACAGUAUGCAUAGCCAUAAUGUUGUUUUUCCUUCGUGCGACUUUCUCAAUUCCACUAUCGUUUCUGGAAAUCGGUGUUUUUGCUACUCUUAUCUGUGCUGUGGAUCCAGUAGCGGUAUUAUGCGUUUUCGAAGACAUACACGUGAACGAGUUGCUCUACAUUUGUGUUUUCGGUGAAAGUCUUCUGAAUGAUGCCGUUACCAUAGUAUUAUAUCAAACAAUCACCAAUAUUCUAAUCAGUGGUCCAGAACGCCUUGGUACAGAGAUUUAUAUCCGGUCAGUCGCACAGUUCGGCACUGUAGCUUUCGGAGGUACCACCCUUGGGAUUGUUGGAGGUAUAUCCACUGCACUUGUCAUGAGAUUGUUGGCGAAUCACCAGGCUGUUCUUCCGCUGAUGAUGGUUUUGAUGCCAUAUUUUUUCUACUUACUUACAGACUCGUUUCAUCUGUCUGGAAUAUUAGCGAUUGUUACAUGUGGAAUUUUGGUAAAAAAUUACAUGCGAGGAAAUCUUUGUGAUGAAAUGCAUUUCACAGUCGAGUAUCUCUACAAGAUGGCUUCGUCGUUUUCAGAAAGUUUCAUUUUUGUGUUUCUUGGAGUGUCUGUGGUGUCAUCGAAUCACGUAUUUGAUUGGUGGUUUAUUAUCUCCACCCUCAUUGGUUGCUUUACAUUCCGUUUUAUUGGAGUUUACCUACUCACAUUCUUCCUCAACAGAUUUCGGUAUGAGGAUGAUCGUAUCUCUUGGGUGGAUCAGUUCGUAAUGGCAUAUGGUGGUAUUCGUGGAGCAGUGUGCUAUGGUCUUGUCAUGUCCAUAGAUGAGAAUCUGAUUCCAGCAAAACGAAUGUUUGUUACAACAACUCUGGCAGUCAUUAUGUUUAGCACAAUAUUACAGGGCACAACCAUCAAAUGCAUAGUGAAUCUUUUGAAAGUGAAGAGAAGCAAGAAGUUUGGAAAGACGGAAGAGAAGAAACGUGUGUUUGACUAUGUUCAAAAUGAAGUGAACAAACACGUCAUUGAGUUUAUCGAAAAUCUAACAAAUCUCCAUGGAGAGAAUUUGCUUUACCGCAAGAUCUUGGAAUUCGACCAAAGUAUAUUGAAGCCAAGGCUUGUGGCCUACUACAGGCCUCGUACCGCGAAUAUCAUCGACCGUCACAUGGAGAUUGAACUCACGGAAUUUGCCAUGUCUGUCAAAAAAGCUGGUGGCUCAUUCUCUGGAUUCCCAACAAACGCUUCCGUGAGUGAAAUCAAUCUGCCAACCUCGAAAAGUGAACUUUUUGCUGCUGGAUUCGAUCAGAACUCUCUUGCACGCCCGAGUGCACCAUCUAUUUCGCUUCCGACACCCACUAAACCUCCUCCGGCGAUCGAGUCAACUUCUUCUACGAUCCCGAGAAAUACUUCGGUCACUGGUCUUGUUGCUCAUGCAUUUGAAACUAGUGAACAGCAGAGAAAUCUCGCACGUGGAAAGUUACGUCGCUCUAUGUACAGUCGGCACUUGCUUGAGAAAAUUCCUGCAUCCCCGACACCACCGCUUACAGAAGAUGAUAUUUCAUACGUUAUGACUCUUCCACAUGGAAAGAAUCCUCGACUUGCCGCAAAUAUUCGACAGUUCAGCUUAUCACUCAAAGAACAAAAUCGACGAAAUCUCUUGCCGAACAUGAGUCGUCCGAUAACGUUGCGCAGCCAAAGUAUUGAAGCCGAUAGCACACCUCGACAAGCAGAUCCACCACGUUCUUCAAUUCCGUCUCGGUUCACUUUGGAGGACGAGGAAAAAACAGCGGUGCCUCCAAGAAAGAAAUCUGAGCGAACUGUUAUCGGAAGCAAUAAGACUUUCACAAUUGGUGGCGAUGAGACUCGAGAACUUUUACCGAUUCGGGAAGAAGAUAAAGAAAUAGUACAGGACAUAUUUUAG